GCAAUUAGCUGUACUUUCCUGGAAACCGCUGCCUACUCUCAAAGACCUCUCCAUCACUCUUUGGUAGAUUCCUCUUCCUUCCUUCUCUCCCUCCCACUAUUACUAUUAUUCUCUUUCUUCCUAUAAUCUUAGACUUCUACUACUUGUCUCUCUUUCUUUUUUGUCGGUGGAUUUGCGUCUCUUCUCUCUGGUCAGUGAUUGUAUCUCUCAUCCUAGUUGACGUCCUCGUUCUCCAUCAAGAUCUGCAAGUGUUAGGUGGAGUUAAGCCUGAAACAGGACUAUGUCUGGAAACCAACAGCCUCAGAUCAGCCUGCCUACAUGGCGGUACAGUGAUUUCAAUGCUGCUAUUCCUAUCAAGAAGAGGAAGUACUUCGUGCAGCCGGAAGCACCUUUGGAUAAUAAUCCACUAGCUAACGAGAAAGGUGAUACUAGGAGUGCUUUGGAUUCAUCUGAUAAGACUCAUGUCAGUCAGAAAAUGAUUGGCGAGGGAUCUAGGAUCAUCAAUAUUGGGAAACCAAUAACUUCAUUGUCUGCUGCGAAUUUUCCUGUCGGAAAAAAUGCUGAGAGUGUCGGGAACUUAGUUCCUGACCAAAUUAGAGUGAAAGUUGAGGAGCCAAUUAACUCAAGUCCUUUGGUAGCCUCUGAGGUCCCUUCUAGUUCUGACAUAGCUGGCAAUUCAAUCCAUACUUCUCUGGGAAAGCUUCCUUUGGGUGCUGCUGAACACCCUGGUGUACUUGUGACCUCAGAUAACACUGUUCAUAAGGCCCAUAGCAUUGUUAGGGAGCCACGUGGCAAUGAAGAGUGUCAAACACAAGCAUCUGCUGGUACGGGUAAUGUUCCCUUGUGGCUAGGUGCUAUAACUAAAAACAACGAAGAGCCUACAGCGCUGGAUUUGUCGUUAAGCAAGGGAGUUUGUGCUCCUCAUGACCCGGAUUUUAUUAGUUCUGGAAUUCACAAUGCUGUGAACAGAUCAAAUUGGGAUUUGAAUACUACCAUGGACGCUUGGGAAGAUGGUCUUGAUCGCAAGACUAGAGUUAAGACAACUGGUGCGUUCUCAAACAGUAGCAACAACACAGGUUGCCCUGAGAUAGAGACAUCAACUAAUGUUAUUGCAAAGUCUGUUUCUGAAGGGGUUAAGUCUCCUACAUUGACUUUGACACAGUCUGAUCAUCAGGUUAAAUCCACUUGUUCGCUUAGUCUAGGCCUCGGUGCACAUCCUCCUAUUGUCAGAUCUCCUUCUCUAUCAGCCUGUACAAGUACUUCUAGACCAACUGUGAUUGCUGGUAAUGUGAACUCGGUAAACCUUAGGACUGUGAAGUCAGAAGUCACUGAAGAGAGUGUGCAAGUUGAUCCGACCAGGCUAUCACAGGAUGUUGUUGGUAGAUUCAGACAAGAAAACAGUCUCGCAUCUGGCAGUUUGAAGCCUGUGGAUUCUAUAUCAUCAGUAAAGACUGAGCCAAAUAACCUCACUCAAUCGGCAGCUUUUAAUAGGAAAGAUGGAACGUUGAAUCAUCGCCGUAGACCGUUAAUGCAAUCAAAUGAGAUCCUUGAUUUACCGACAAGUUUCACGCCAAGUCCGAUGGAUAAAUAUAUGCCUUCUAGUGGCAUCGGCAAUGUGCUAAUGUCCUCGAAUGGAUUGACGAGAAAUCCUGACUCUACAUUACAAGACAAUCCAGGCCAGAGCUCUGGUCAUGGAGAUCAUAACCUCAAUGCAUCAGGUGUGAAUGAUUCCGUGACUAAUGAUUGCAAGACCUAUGUUUCUCCUGGAACUGAUGAACUUCCUAAAAGUGGUGAAGAAAAGAAUAUUUUAUAUGGUAAGGAGCUAAGGGAAAAGUUAUGCAGUCACGAGUUUGACCACGAUUGUGGUAAUGAUAGAGUGCUAAAGAAGCAAGUUGGAAAAAGAAGUACAUACGAGGACGAAGAGAAGGUCCAAAGACCAGUUGCCAUGCUGGCAGAUGUUCCAUUUGACGGUAACAAUCAAACUUCUAACCAUGUGGAAGAAAAAGAGAGUCAAGCUACACUUCUUGUUAAUACAGGUUAUAGUGAAGGCCGGAUAGUUCAGGAUGGUGAAAAGUCAACUCAUCAAAUCAUUCACGCUAGUGAAGGAGUGUCAGGUGUGUCUACACUGUCAGGCGGAAACGGUGAUAACCCUGAGACAUUAGAUAACAACAGUCCAGUUUCACACAAGGCAGAGAUCUCUACUUUUGACGAUGAUCCUCCUAUGGAGUUGAGUGAAGGUAGUCCGAGACGAAUCAGGACACCACUAGAUGCUUCAGACAGCUUUGUGGAAAGAGAUAGAUUGCCUGAUUUCUCACUUGGACAGCGGAAAUAUUCGAGAUGGAGUGAUGAAUCCUGCAGCUUCUCGCGUGAGAGCUACCGUGGCAAAACCAUAAGACGCCCAAGGCUAAAUUUCAUGCCUCACAAAAGGAGAUUCUCUGAUGAUGAUACAGAAAGCAAUCUCCAUGAAAGGGAUACAAAAAAUUUUGAGUCAAAUAGCUAUGGAAACACUCGCCGGGGUCGAGGUGGCGGCGCUUUUACAUUUAAUCCCAAUAGAGGGAGACGCCUUGCAGACGACGAAGGAGACACUUUCCCCCACUCCUUCACAAGAAGAAACACUAGCUUCUCAUAUACUCAAAGAGGACCAACGAACAAAGAGGAUGCAUCCGAGUUUCACGGGUUUAGAGAUGGUGAAAGACAAUCCAACAGUACGGAGCCAAUGUUUAUGAGCCAGUCACGUCCCUAUCGAGGUCGGAGUAGUUUUGGUCGAGGAGGACGGACAAAUUUUGCAAACAACUCCAAACGAGAUUUUCCUGGAUAUCGUUCACGGUCUCCGGUUAGAUCAAGAGACAGAUCAGCUGGCCCGUCCUCGUCGUCUUUCAGGAACAGAUCACAGGAUGAUUUCAGUGGGAAUACAGACUUUUCUCGUCGGAGGGUAAGCUCGCCUGAUUAUCCAAGGGAAGGCGGGUUUGUCAGAAGGCACAACUCUCCUCCUUACUCGCAUAGACCGUCAUAUGCUGGAAGGGGGAGAGGUUAUGAAAGGGGUGGUAGAGGAUAUGCACGGGGGAGAGGUUAUGGAAGAGAUGGUAUAUCUUUUAGGAAACCGUAUGAUCGUGUUGUACAUAGGAACAUGAACAACUUUGAUCCUCGAGAGAGGGUUGACUACAGUGAUGAUUUCUUUGAAGGACAGAUUCAUUCUGAACGUUUUGGUGGUGAUGGUAAUGCUGAGAGGAGACAGUUUGGUUAUAGACAUGAUGGUGGUUCCAGCUCUUUUAGACAAUCUUUUAACAGUGAUGGUUGUGGACCUACUAAUGUAGAGGGUGACCCUGGCGUUGCAAGAUUUGGACAGAACACUGGUGUUGGAAAUAGAGGGGAGCAAGGGGGUUUAGUGGAGACUGAUGGGAAAAAUAAGAAUUCGAGUGAGAAUGCAUCUGGAAGAAGUAAGAAUAUGGAAUUGGAGGAUACUUCAAAGCACAGUGAAAUUUGGCAACAGGAUGAGGUUGGUGGUGGUGAUGGGUUUUAGAAGAAAGAUUGUUCUUCUGUUUGCGUGAUGAAUCUUCUAAGACCAGGAAGAUUUUUGAGUAUAGUGAAUUGGGUGCAAAACGAAAGUUAUGUGGUGUACUAUGGCUGAGGUCAAUUAGUAGCUGAUAACUGGUGUACAGCUCUUCUCUUUUGGUGUCAUCUAGAUUUUGUUGCCUCUCGUACUGUGAUUCAGAUUUCAAUGUUGACCUCUGCGCUGCAGCACUGUCCUGUGAAUGGACAUAAAACUGAAGGAAGAUAAUGGUAUGGUGUAAAUACAUGUGGGGAUAUUUCAGGCUUGUCCACACUCGGUAAUCCUCAGCUGGCUUGGGUAGAAUGUGACGGAUCUAAUAGAUAUGAAGCGAGGAAUGACUAGGAUGUUAGAAGAGACACUUUCCUCUUGUGGAAAUACAUUCCAGACAAUUUGGCCCCAUACACCUUUUUAGACAGGCAAAAAAAAUGCAGGUUUUGAUGUUCGAGUCUCUCUGCCAAAGCACUACUCGAAGUUGGUCUUGGCAAGACGAUAAUGACCUCCACUAUAUGGAUAAGCUAUGACUGUUUUUGGCUUUAGAACAUUCAUUUUCAUCUGGAAUAACACCAGAUAAUGAAUUCUUCUAACAUGAUGCCAUCAGUUCAGCGUUAGGUACGCUCAAGAUGAUUAAUAAGUACACAUCUUUGUGGUACUUGAAGCAUUAGCUACACCCACCUUGCCUGAAAUGCUGAAACAGCCACUGAUUAUAUCUGCUGAUAGAACCGGGUUUAAAGGCCAUGGGACAACACAUACUGGAAACUGCUUGCACCAUCUUUUGAACCUGUUGGUUUGGUUAAUGGCUCCUGUCCUUUUUUUUUUCUCACUUCAUGUGGGUUUGAACUUCAAAGGUAGAUCUCACAAUAGGGAAAAGAAUAUUUGUGAUUGAUGUUGUUGUUUCUCCAGUGUAAGCAUGUGAAAGAGUCAUGCCAUGGAAUUUCCGCCUGGUUUAAUCAGUAGAUGUUGGUAUGAGGAGGCUUAGUGUGUUGGGAACUAGGAGAGAGUCCAGCAUUCUGAUUUGGAAAUGUGUCUGAGUUUGUAUUUAGUUCUUAUUUCUAAGGCAAGUUUAUGAAGCUUUUUAGAGGAUGAUGUGUUUCA